GGCGCGUGGCGUCGCGUGCAGAUGGCGGCGGCGGUGCGUGGGGCCAAGCAGCGCCUCCGGGCCGAGCUGAAGCAGCGCCUGCGGGCCCUGAGCGCCGAGGAGCGCCGACGCCAAUCUCACCUCCUGACGCAGAAGGUACUCGCCCAUCCUCAGUACCAGAGGGCCAGGAGGGUCUCCGUCUUCCUGAGCAUGCCGGACGAAGUAGACACGGCAGCCAUUGUCCACGACAUCUUCCAGCAGGGCAAAGUCUGCUUCAUCCCGCGAUACCAGCGAGGAAGCAGCCACAUGGACAUGGUGCAGCUGGCCUCCCCUGAUGAGCUGGCUGUCCUGCCCAGAACCUCCUGGAACAUCCUGCAGCCAGGCGAGGAGGAGGUGCGUGAGGAGGCCUUGUCCACUGGAGGCCUGGACCUCAUCUUCAUGCCAGGGCUUGGUUUCGACACACAGGGCCACCGGCUGGGUCGGGGCAAGGGUUACUACGAUGCAUUUCUGCGGCGCUGCCUGGACCAGCAGCCAUCUGCCCCCUACACGCUGGCUUUGGCCUUCCGCGAGCAGCUGUGUCCCUGCGUCCCUGUGGAUGAGGGUGACAUGCAGGUGGACGAGGUGCUGUAUGACCAGGACCCCGCGGCCCCAAUCUGCUAAGCUGUCCAAAUGGAUGUAUCUCCUCCAGCCUCCAGCCACCCCUGGUAGCCCCCCAGUGUGGCUUCCUCAUAGUGCUCAGGGUGUGUCCUGCUGUGGACACAGGCCUGGAACAGCGUCAGCCCCUGGGGCUCUGUCCAAAGGAGAUUCC